AUGUCAGAAGAGUCUCCCACCCCAGAACCUGAAUUGGUAAAAAUUUCCAUUUUUACUCCCUUGAUCUAUGUUGGGGUAGUGUUAUCCAUAUUUGUGGCGUUUUCUAUAUUUUACAGAAGACGUAGACUUGCAAAAUUUCAACAAACCGAACCUAUCUUCAAAGAGAAUUACAAUGCAAUCCUAUACCAGCAACUAAAGUCUCAAUAUACAGAUCCUGAUUUACCAAAGGAUCAAAAACCGCAUGAAAAAGUGAUGAAAGCUGCUUUACUACGUAGAGGAGUUGAAGCUAUCAGGAGAAGCAUGAAGUUGAAAGAGAAUGAACCAGUGUUUAACAAAUUAUACCAAAAUGGACUGAUUGGAGAUGAUAUGUUUAAGCAAUUGGAAUUUGAGAUCAAAUUUCAAGAAUUAGAAUUGAGAGAAAUUGUUGCUGAAACUGAACAGUAUAAAAAAGGCUGGUCGCAAACGUUCUUCCCGUUGGCGCAAGAAAUAUGUUUUAAUGAAGCAUUGAGAAGAAGAUUGAAUGCAGUUGAUGAUAGGGCUGGAAAAUUGUCCGAGCUUUGGGAUUUAUAG